GCUGGUUUGUUGUUGCCGUAUUAUUGUGUAGUGCUGUACGGUAUUGUGUGUUGUGUUGUGUCUAACACUGAGAGAUCGCGCCUGAUGUGCUCUGGUGUCGUUGUUGGAGUGUGCACACAGCGUGACACUGAUGGAUGCGCCAAUGGUUAGACGGACAGAUGUUAGGGCGGAUCUAACGGAAUGUGCACGUCUAGAUUGGGCUAAAACCAUCUCGAUUCCGUGAAAGUCACUUAGUCAGCCCUAAAGGCAAGCCGGGGAGGAUGCAGGUAGCCUCUUUGGCCGGGCGGAUCGCUCCUUUUCCCAUCAGAGCGGACUGAAUGGAGAGCCCUUGCGACUGGCGAUGAGAUAAAGCUGACCAAAUUUGGCAGGAGAAGCAGAAUUUGACAACUCACCACUUUUCCCCCCUCUCUCUCUCUUUCGCUCGUCAAACAAUUCGUCAUUUCCAGGAGCACCCACACUUCCCGGGACUCGGCGACUUGCAAUGUUCAUCCUGUGACAAGCUGAAAAACAGACAACUUAGCCAUGGGCAUGAGCUGAAAGUGAAACGGAUUUCGGUGCAGGAACUUGGGGAGGGGAAACGAGAGAGAUUAGAAAUAAAAGUCGACACGGCGCGCAAGAAGUUAUGACGCAGGAUAUUUAAAUCUGUCCAGUUUUCAGACAUUUGGAAUGCUUCCAGGGUUUGAAAGAAUGGGGAAGAUUGGCGAUUCCUGAUCUUACCAGCAAUGGUCAGAUCUACCCUCAUCUCCUGCUCAACUCCUCUUAAGAAUUUGCUACUGCUUGCCUGACAUCUUUAAAAAAAAACGCGUUUGGGACAGAAAGAUCGCCCCUGCUCUGCUCUGGCUGUCAUUAAAUACCUAUCUGCCAAGAAAGGGGGGGGAAAAAGUGCAAUUGGUAGCCAAGAAACUGUUUGGCAUUUGCUGAUCCAUGUUCUCCAAAGCACUUGAACACAGUUCGAGUCCGGCCCCUUCUUCUGAUCAUUUCCGUAAGGGACGCACAAUCGAGUUCCAAGCCAAUCGAUGCCUGUCUAAAUGGAGGUUCCUGAAAGGCAUCUAGGCGAAAGGUUUGCCCGUGAGCAGCAGAAAGCUGGCGCAUUUCCCCGAGAAACCCCUUCCAAAGUCCCUGGGGCUUGAAGCUUUGGCGAGCCCCGCAUCAGCCGCCCAGUUCUCCGGGCAGGGAGGCGUCAGGAAGGUGGGAAGCUGGAAUCCCAAAUCGCAUGAUCUCUCUCCCAGAAAGAGCCACACACAGCACCCAGCCGAGCAAACCUUCCCGAAGCCCCGUCGCUGUUUGCAUGAAAACGCCGCCCGGCCGCCGCGCAGCCACCUUGGAAGGAGUUGGGGAUCUGUCGGGCUAACUCUGGCCAGCAUGCCGAGAAGGAAGCAGCAAGCGCCCCGGCGCUCAGCAGCCUACGUUUCAGAUGAAUUGAAGGCAGCAGUAUUAGGGGACGAAGAUGCUGAAGCAAAUGAGUCUGGAGCUGAUGGAGAAUCAUCCUCAAAGUAUGUGUGCAAUGAGCAGGAAUUUAGUAAGGAAUCGCCUAGCUACCAGGACUCUCCAGCUGCCGAGUUUUCCGGCCAGGAGAUGGACAGCACAUCUCACGUUAGUGAAACCAGUGAUCGAUUGGCUGACUUUGAGAGCAACUCUAUAAAGAAUGAAGAUGAAAGCAAGGAGGGUAGUGGUCUUCCCGAGGAGGGAGUACAGGACAGUUUGGAACAAAUGAAAGCAAUAUACAACAAUAUCCUAUCAAAUUCCUACUGGUCAUCUCUGAGUUUGGGCCUGAACCAGCCAAGUGGGCCAGCAGCAAAUGGUGGUGGCAGCAGCAGCAGCAGCAGCAGUAGCAGUAGCAGUUGUGGAAGUGGGAGCUUUGACUGGCAUCAGUCUGCCAUGUCAAAGACAUUGCAGCAAGUCUCUCAGACCAAGAUGAUUCAGGAACCAAGUCUGUUCAGCACAGUACAGUUGUACAGGCAAAGCAGCAAGCUCUAUGGUUCCAUAUUUACUGGGGCUAGCAAAUUCCGCUGUAAAGACUGCAGUGCUGCUUAUGACUCCUUGGUGGAGCUGACUGUGCACAUGAAUGAAACUGGACAUUAUAGAGAUGAAAAUAAUGAAACUGACAAUAACAAUCCUAAAAAAUGGUCCAAGCCUCGUAAACGCUCUUUACUGGAGAUGGAGGGAAAGGAGGAUGCUCAAAAGGUGCUAAAGUGUAUGUACUGUGGCCAUUCAUUUGAGUCCCUUCAAGACUUAAGUGUCCACAUGAUCAAAACAAAACACUAUCAGAAAGUGCCUCUGAAGGAACCUGUGGCACCAAUCUCCACAAAGGUCCUCCCUUCCACCAGAAAAAGGGCUCUGCUUGAGCUUGAGCUGCCAAGUUCUCCAGAUUCCACAGGUGGUACACCGAAAACGUCUCUUUCUGACACAAGUGAUGCACUACAGAAGUCCUCAAACCCUUAUGUUACACCAAAUAACCGCUAUGGGCACCAGAAUGGUGCCAGCUAUGCCUGGCAGUUUGAGGCGAGAAAGUCUCAAAUCCUCAAGUGUAUGGAGUGUGGGAGUUCUCAUGAUACAUUACAGGAACUCACUGCACAUAUGAUGGUAACUGGACAUUUUGUUAAAGUGACCAAUUCUGCGAUUAAGAAAGGGAAACAGAUUGUAGAGGCACCACAGACACCAACACCAACACCGGUGACAGCCAUCUUAGAAGAUAAAGUCCAGUCCGUUCCCCUAGCUGCAAGUGCUUUCACAUCGUCAUUAAGUACCCCAGCCAGUGUCUCACCAAAAUUAAAUCUUGAAGUAAAAAGGGAAGUUGAAAGAGACACUGAAAGCGAUCAGGAUAAAGUCAAAGAAAAAGAGAAAAACUGCGAUGAUGAUGAAAAAUAUGACAUUUCCUCAAAGUAUCAGUACCUGACAGAAGAAGAUCUGGAAGAAAAUCCUAAAGGAGGCCUAGACAUCCUUAAAUCUUUAGAAAACACAGUGACCUCUGCUAUUAACAAAGCUCAGAAUGGGACUCCAAGUUGGAGUGGCUAUCCUAGCAUUCAUGCAGCCUACCAGCUUCCUAGUAUAAUGAAGUUACCAUUUGGUUCAUCAGGGAAGACUACACAAUUAAAGUCAGCACAAAGCAACAUUGAUAUUAUGGCAUCUCCAAAGAGCCAGCCACUAGUUUCACCACCUAGUAGCCAGAAUUCUCCUGUACCCAAAAACAAUUUCCAUGCUAUGGAAGAGCUAGUGAAGAAAGUCACAGAGAAGGUAACCAAAUCUGAAGAAAAGACUAAAGAGUCAGAAAAUAAAUUGUCCCGACUGAAGCACGAAACACCUUCUCCAUGCGGCAGUGAAGCAGGAGAACAACAAAAAAGUGAAGCUUCAAAAGAUCCCAGUGCUAAAAGCCACGAAAAUAUUUCCAGUAACCAGAAAGACACCACGAAAGAAAGUCCAGCAAAGGAUCAUUUGGAGAAUGGUACAGAGGCCUUAAAACUCACUACAAAUAGUAUGUGCACUAGCACGGCUAUUAUUACGGACCACCCUCCUGAACAACCUUUUGUAAACCCAUUAAGUGCAUUGCAGUCCAUUAUGAAUGUUCACUUAGGAAAAGCAGCUAAACCUGCACUGCCUACCCUGGACCCUAUGAGCAUGCUUUACAAAAUGAGUAACAGCUUGGCAGAAAAGGCUGCUGUGGCCACACCAAUCUUGCAGGCCAAAAAAACAGAGCCCAUAGACCGUUAUUUCUAUCAUGUCAGCAGUGACCAGCCCAUUGAUUUGACGAAAGCCAAGAGUGACAAAAGUGGUUCUUUGGGUUCAGUGCUUUUGUCAUCCAUAUCCCCGUCGUCAACAUCUUCUUCAUCCACUGUGACAACAGCAAAGACAUCUGCAGUCGUGUCAUUCAUGUCAAACUCGCCGCUACGCGAGAAUGCCUUGUCAGAUAUAUCUGAUAUGCUGAAAAACCUGACAGGAAGUCACACAUCAAAAUCUUCUACACCUACAAGCAUUUCAGACAAAUCUGAGGUGGAUGGUAGCACUAUGGAGGAGCCAGAGGAGAUUUCCCCAGCUCAAAAACGUAAAGGCCGGCAGUCAAACUGGAAUCCACAGCAUUUGCUCAUACUGCAGGCCCAGUUUGCAGCCAGCCUGCGACAAACCACAGAUGGGAAAUUCAUUAUGUCGGACCUCAGCCCACAGGAGAGAAUGCACAUCUCAAGGUUUACAGGGCUCUCCAUGACAACAAUCAGCCACUGGUUAGCCAAUGUCAAGUACCAGCUUCGAAGGACAGGUGGAACAAAAUUUCUUAAAAACCUGGACUCUGGCCAUCCAGUGUUUUUUUGUAAUGAUUGUGCAUCACAAAUCAGAACUCCUUCAACCUACAUCAGUCACUUAGAAUCACAUUUAGGCUUCAGGUUACGAGACUUAUCAAAACUUUCUAGUGAACAGAUAAGCAGCCAGAUAACACAUGCAAAACUGCCCUCUGAAAAAUCGGUGUUGCCAUCUCAAGACGAUGAGGCUGGGACAACGUUCCAGUGCAAACUUUGUAAUCGGACUUUUGCCAGUAAACAUGCAGUUAAACUGCAUCUCAGUAAAACUCACGGCAAAUCACCAGAGGACCACCUUCUGUAUGUUAUAGAGCUGGAGAAACAGUAGCAUUUACUUUAGUAACCUAACUGUUUGCUUUGAGGACAACUCUGAAAGAAGCCUUAAAGCUACUGUAACAACUCUUGGCACAUGUUCUUGAUUUACUGCAGAGUAGCACUCUGAUCUGAACUCUUUUAUAUAACUGUACAGUGUUUAAUGGAAGCACGUAAUCAGCUGUUGUUACUGGUUGAUUACAAGGGUAAAAAUGGUAAGUGUUUGGAAUUUUGUGUAAAUUGGAUUUAGUUGCUGUGUAUCGCUCAGAUGCAUUAAGCUGCAUGCGUAAUGGACAAUUUAGUUAAGCAUUUAAUACUGAACCUAGUGCACUUUCUCAUGUGAAUUAAGUGUGCUGGCAUUUCUCAGCCUUUAACCUUUAACCCUCUGAGCACUGCUGAAGCACUUCUGCAUUAAGUUGCAAAAACAAAUUGGCAGCAUUCUUAUUUUUCAGAUCACUGACUGAAAGCCAUUAUUAAAAUAAUGAUCUGCAGCUGUCUUUAUUCAAUUCCAUUGUCAUGAUAUUUGUGCAGAUGAUUUUGCACAAUAUAAUUUUCAGAUGUAUUAUUUAAUGGAGAUUAACUACUAUUUACAGAGCUAAAAUGAAUAGUCAAUGCUCAAAGGGUUAAUAAAAUUAGAAAAAAACACUUGUACUGUAUUUCUUCAACAGUAAUAUACAAAAUUCUUUCAAAGGGUUUAUGCUAUGAGAUCCUGCUACAAAUGUAAAAAGGCAUUCCAUGAUGUAACCUCCUUUACUUAUUUAUGAGCACUCUCACUUGUUAUUUUAAUGAUCAUCAUGUGUAGAAUGCCUUUGAUUGGUAAGUUUUGUUCUGCCUAAUUAUUCUCCCAUGAUUCCCUACUGCAUCUUUAUAUUUUGGCAUAUAAAAGGUAACCCGUGGUUACCAGCACACUGAGUGAGUCUGUUCAUCUCCAUUUUUCAGUUAAUUUGCAGAAAUAACUGACAGCUGACAUCAUACGAGAAUAUAUGUAUAAAAUAGACAUGUAAACAGCACAGGUACUGUAACGCACUCUGUGCCCUGUCUUGUUGCUGGAAAUGAAACACCAUUAUGGCUGUUCAUAUAACUUUUUUUUUCCUACUGCAACAUUAAACCAUUUUUCAAUAAUUUUGUGUUGCUUUCGCACUAUAGUCUAUAUACAAGGUGCUGCAGGUAAUGAGCGCACUAACACUGAACCUGGCUGGAGCUUGAGUGGGUUUAUGGUCCUGUCAGGCAACGGUUUUGGUUAAAGUAUUAUUUGUCAGAUAACCACAGCACUUACAAAGAGAUACUUGAGGGGUUAGCACCUUUCGAAAGGCCUUAAUUCACAGGUGCGCAUUGAGACCUAACCGUAACCCCACCCAAGCACUGGCUUGUUCAGACACAUUGUAUAUCUUCCAGCCGCCACAUUUACACAGUAUCUUAAAAUAACAUUUGUGAUAAAUGUGCAAUUUACCUAAUUUAUGGCACUAUGAUGUGCUCAGGGCUACAUACAAGAUGAAAAUCUUAAAUGGAGCUUGAACAGUGCACUUCACAACAAGAAAUCAAUAUGCCAUGGCUUAGAGAGCUAUCUGCUGAGGUGAAAUUAGCAGAAACCAACUACCAAGGAGCAUAGCCCCAAAUCUGUAACCACAGAGUGGCUAUAGUAAACCAAAGUAUAACUUAAUAAAGGAUUGGUAUCUAACAAACAAGACUACCAACAUUUGUGCAUGAUAUCUCAAUUUUUGUAAUAUUUUAUGUCCUGUACAUAUUGAUCUUUCAAUGCUCUUGACUUCUGUCCCAGCCAACUGUCUCUCUUGCAGGCACCAGACCAGCUCUAGAUGACAGGGGGGCCAUGAAUUAUGUUUGAAAAUUGGGCAUUAUCUAAAAUCCACAUUACCCAUCAAGCUUGACUGUAAUAUUAACAAAACAUCUAAUGAGUGGUUACUUGUUGAGAAACCAUGAAGCUGACUGAAACAUUGGGUUUACUUUUAUCAAUUUUCCCAUUUUUUUGUAUGUGAUAUGUUUUGCUGAAGAAGCGUCAAGAUUUGUCUGAGAUUCUUCCCCUUUUCCCCUUUAACAGAAACACUGUAUAUACUGGACAGCUUUCACAAUCACCUUAACCCUUACAGUGCUAUUCACAGCAUUCGUUGGGCCAGCGAUAUGGAACUCCUGCUUAUUCAGCAGGGAAAGGAUUAAAAAUUCAAUCCCAUUUUGUAUUUACUGGACUUUAAAUGGAUUUCUAAUUGUCAUCUGCUUUCCAUGAUUGGAUACAAUGGAUAUAUGUACUGUGCAUAUGUGCUCUACAUGUUAGAAGGAGAAUACUGGUUAUUUUAUACAUUUGAGAAUUUAAUUACACAAUUUCUAGGAUUCUGCUGAGCCAUGUUCUGAAACAUGUAAAACAGGCACAGUAUCUGCAAUUAACCUGAGUAUUAAAUUCAGAAAGUAGUUGCAAUUCAAAUUCCAUGUGAAGUCAACAUUGUCUUUUUAAUUUCCUUAAAAUUGUUUAUUUAAAUUUUGUUACAAUGUCAACAUCUUUUCUACUGAAAAAUAUUUUAUAUGUUAACAUAAUCGAUUAUUGUAUGAAAGCACUCUGGACCACUGCAACAAAAACAGUGUAUGAAUGUAACAGGAUACAAUAAAAAGAAAUAUACAUGUUA